GCCGCCGUGGUUUGAGAAAAUCAGGGAGAAAAUUAAUUUUCAUUCUGAUAAGCUGAAAAUGCUUCUUUUUUACGAAUAAUAUCGUUCAAUUAAAGGUGCACGAGCACAAUGGGGAACUCGAAGAGUGUUGUGAGCCAAGGGGUGAAGCAGCAAGCGGCAGGCGAUGGCUCCAAUUCACAUAGUUUGUACAAAUUGAUAAAUAUGCAAGGCGGUGGUGAACUAGUUGAGUUGAUGAAAAAGGCGAGUCGCACUAAAGAUUAUCGCGAGAUUGAUGAGAAGAUUCGUACAGGGGUGAAGCCAUUCCUGUACAAUGGUGGAGAAGGGGAGUUGGUACCAAUCGCAGAUUUGGUCAAGAUUCGUAACAAGGAUCGCCAGUCAUUGAAAGUGGAGGAGCCGAAACCGGAGAAUGAUAGUGUUGCCAUGGUCAACCUUGUCACUGAUCAGCAUGGAAAUCAUGUUUCCCAAAAACCACGAAAAAAAUACAGAUUUUUGUGUUGGCAAAUUGACAAGAUCGGAGCAGUAGGGGAGACCGCAUUACAUAUGUGCCUGUUGAACUCCACGUCAACCCAUGCUGACCUAGCAAAGAGACUGCUCAGGAUAUUCCCAAACUUAAUCAAAGAUAUCUACCUGUCUGAGGAAUACUAUGGCGAGUCUAUCCUUCACAUGGCCAUUGUGAAUGAGGAUCCAGCGUUGGUCAAGUUUUUCCUUGACCGCGGAGCAGACGUCAACGAUAGAUGCUGCGGGAGCUUCUUUUGUCCUGAUGACCAGAAGGAUUCCCGGAGAGAUUAUCCCGGUUCAGAGUAUGUUCAUGUCUGCAAGGAGACUUCUUAUGAAGGAUAUACAUACUGGGGAGAGUAUGCCCUUGGCUUUGCAGCCUGUCUCGGCCAAGAGGAGUGUGUGCGUCUUCUCAUCGCCAAGGGGGCUGACCCAAAUGUCCAAGACAAUAACGGCAACACUGUCUUACACAUGCUAGUCAUUCAUGAUAAAAAGGAAAUGUUUGAUUUGAUCUAUCACCUCGGUGGACGACUGGACAUCAAAAAUCGCCAAGGACUGACACCAUUGACUUUGGCUGCAAAAUUAGCAAGAAAAGAUAUGUAUGAACACAUCCUGGAGAUUGAGCGAGAGGUCUAUUGGGUGUAUGGUGAUGUCACAUGUGCAGGAUAUCCACUCCAAGAGAUCGACACCAUAUCCUCCACCGGGGAGAUUAACAAGGACUCGGCGCUGUUUCACAUUGUGCAGGGGGAACAAAUGGGUCACCUUGAUAUGUUGGACGGCAUUGUCUCACAGCUGCUUCAGGAGAAAUGGAAGACGUUCGCCCGAUUCAGAUUCUACCGGCGAUUUGCCGUCUUCAUUCUUUACUUUGUCAUAUUUGCUGCGGCAUUCCUGCUGAGGCCGGGAAAAGACCAACACCCGACGUACCAACUCACCAAUGUUACUGUGAACGGAAACACCUCGCUUGUCAACAACACGGUGUACGAUCCAUGCUACCUAAUGAGAGGCAAUACACCAGACGACAUUGCUCGUUAUGUGUUGGAGUGUUUAACACUGUUUGGAGCCUGUAGUUUCCUGAUCCUGGCAGCCAAUGAAAUCUACCACCAAAACUGUACGAUCUUUUUCAUGACACUGAAAGCAGCCCCAACUAAGUCUCUGUUCCUGCUGUCGUGCAUCCUGGUUGUGCUGAUGAUCCCUGGCCGGGCAGCCUGCAACAGUGCGUAUGAAGACGUCAUGGGAGUUCUUGCUAUCCUCUUCACGGCACCCUACUUCCUCUUCUUCUGUCGCGGCUUCACAAUGGUUGGUCCAUUCGUUGUGAUGAUCUACAAGAUGAUUAAGGGUGACUUGUUGAGGUUUUUCACCAUCUACGUGGUCUUCCUCAUAGGAUUCUCUCAAGCCAUGUUUGUCAUGUUCCGUCGUGAGCCAGCGGAGGAGACCAUCUUCUCACAUCCGAUCGAAGCGAUGAUGGGCAUGUUCAUCAUGUCACUAGGAGAGUUUGGUGACAUCUAUGAGCAGUUUGAUUCAACUCCACAUCCAGAUCUGGGAAAGAUUGUUUUUGUCCUGCACAUGGUGUUGGUGACCCUGCUCCUCGUCAACAUGCUGAUUGCCAUGAUGGGCAACACAUACACGUUGGUCUCACAGACACAGAAGGAAUAUCUAAGACAGUGGGCUAAGAUCGUCCUUGUAAUGGAGCAGACGGUCAGUACCCGUGCCAGAUGUCACAAGCAGUUGAUGUAUUCGCAGCCAAUGGCAGACGGACGGCGGGCACUGGUCACAAGAUGGCACCAGACGGAGAGUGAACGUGAUGAAAUGAAGAGACUGCGCGAGAUGCAUCGGCUCCACAAGAAGAAUAUCAUGCGUCGUAAAGCAUCACGCAAGGGUUUGAAGGUGGAAGUCACCCCAACCGCCAUGCAAAAUGUUUAAUGUUUAAAAGAAGUGUUUGUCAGAAGACCAGUACGUGUAAGAUUGUGUGCAAAGCACUAUCGAAUGUACAGCUGAUUCCGUUUCAAUAAGUUGAUCAGAUUUCUGUACCGGGUGCUCUAAAAGUUGUACUAAAAUCCUGGCAAACAUGACUUGAAGCAGAGCAGAGUAUAAGCAAUAUAGAUUUGUUGUUGUUACAGAUGUGAGAUGUUUAGUGUCUAUAUGUCUGUUGUUGUACUUGCAGUUGCAUUUGUUCUAUGUGGAAAUAGAGAUACGUGGUAUUUGUUUGGGUUUUUUUCUGUUAGGGGAUUGGGGUUCAACUUGAUACCUGCAUGUGACAUGCUGUAUAGGGUAUAAUCCAUUUAUAUUCAGUCCUGUUAAAGGAUAGAUGUCAUCCAAUUAUAUAAGCUUGUGAUGCAUUUGCAGAUGUUUAAACUGGUGCAGAAAAAAAAGCAUUGAUGCAAUUCUAUAGAUCUGAUAUUGAAACUCCAUUCACCUGGUUUUAAAAUAGGUCACAUUUCUUUAACUAGUCAGGUAGUCGUCAGUAUUAGGAUUUUUGUCCAUGUUGUGUCUUGCUUGGAUGUGAUUUUAGAGUGGUAGUUCAGUUUUGGGGAACUUAUCAAAAGAUCUAGUCAACAGAAAGGUUUUGUCUGUUUGUUAUGUUGGGAAGGCUACUCAUAGCAUGUAUCUGCCUAGUCUUUCAUUACUGAGCAUGCAAUUUACUUAUUUGUUUUUAAAAAAGCAAAAUAUUGGAUAAAACUAGCUAGUCACAAUCAGUAUUGUUUACUUUCCGUCCUUAAAAGUCUUCUGAAUAUCAUUCCAUGACACUAUACAAUCGAGAUAGCUGAUUAUGAUGUAUUUUAGAUAUGUUUAGUUUUUCAAUUUGUUGCCUAUUGUCGUUCCUGGUAUUCGCAAAAGGUGGUUGUUAAAGAUGUGAUAUAAUAAAAA